AUGAAGCUUCCAAAUGUCCUCGUUGCUGGUCUGGCCAGCAGCGCUAAUGCGCUCAAGUUCCAGGAGAACAAACUCCUGGCUGCUGAAGGGAUGCUCAGGCUUGGCUUUCAUCUGGCAAAGAACAGUCUUCCAGCCGCAGGGACGUGCACGUUGGACAAGGUGUCAGUCCGCAGGGAAUGGAGAGGAUCGCCUUUACCGAUGCCGUCAUUUUCCUUCAUAAAUUGCCCGCAGACUCCAGCUUCCGUUGCACCCGGCGCAAAAAGUCGCUACGACGACCUCGUGGUGACACACAUCCAGCAGUCGAACUACAUCCACGGCACUGAUGUUGAGGAACGAAUGUGGUUGGAACGUGUCAAAGAUCUAAGCGAUAUGGUCUUGACAGGGCACUGGCAAGAAAACACAUGGCGAGUUCCAAGUGCCCCAGAGUUCAUUUUCUUGUUAAUUAGACAACAAGAAAAAGGGGCAAGACUGGAUCAGCGAAAGCGAACUACGCACGUAGAGAAGAGAGCGAUUGGGUCCAGUUCAGACACUUCUUUCUCCAUGUUUCAAGGGUCACAUCACGCGUCUGCCAUAACUGGUCGCGAGCGGUUCUCGCGACUCGAGACAGAGACAGUGGGUGCCCUCCAAUCCGCUGGAUCCAGGUCCAAGUGA